AUGUAUCGAAUAGCUUCAAAAUUAGCGUCUUCCGUCGCUUCUUCUACUUCCAGGAAAUUGGUAUGUAGUAGGGUUAUAUGUAAUAGGAAUUAUGUGGCAAAAGAUAUCAGUUUCGGGGUUGGGGCUCGCGCCGCUUUGUUGCAAGGUGUCUCUGAGGUGGCAGAGGCUGUCAAAGUUACAAUGGGACCAAAGGGUCGAUAUGUGAUAAUUGAGAACAGUCACAAGGAUCCAAAGGUCACAAAGGAUGGUGUUACAGUUGCGAAAAGCAUUAGUUUCAAGGGAAAGUACAAGAAUGUGGGUGCCGAUCUUGUGAAGCAGGUUGCUAAAGCUACUAAUACUACUGCAGGAGACGGUACGACUUGUGCAACUGUCCUGACCCAAGCAAUACUCACAGAAGGUUGCAAGUCAAUAGCUGCUGGGGUAAAUGCAAUGGAUUUGCGCAUUGGUAUCAAUAUGGCAGUUGAUGCUGUUGUUUCUGAUCUGAAAAGCAGAGCAUUGAUGAUAAGCACACCAGACGAGAUUACACAGGUUGCUACUAUUUCUGCAAAUGGUGAACGAGAGAUUGGAGAGCUGAUAGCAAGAGCAAUGGAGAAAGUGGGGAAGGAAGGAGUCAUUACUGUUGCCGAUGGGAAUACUUUGGAUAAUGAAUUGGAAGUGGUGGAAGGGUUGAAGCUAAGCAGAGGCUACAUUUCUCCUUACUUUAUCACUGACCAAAAGACUCAGAAAUGUGAACUGGAAAACCCACUGAUCCUCAUUUAUGAAAAGAAAAUUUCGGACCUGAAUUCACUUGUGAAAAUACUAGAGCUGGCAGUAAACAAACUUAGACCACUUCUUAUUGUGGCCGAGGAUGUCGAAGGUGAUCCACUUGCUAUGCUAAUACUCAACAAACAUCAUGCUGGGGUUAAGGUUUGUGCUAUCAAAGCUCCUGGUUUUGGGGAAAACAGGAAAGCUAAUUUAGACGAUCUCGCUGUUCUUACUGGGGGAGAGGUUAUCACCGAAGAUCGUGGUUUAACUCUCGACAAAGUCCAGUUUGAAAUGCUUGGUACUGCAAAAAAGGUGACUGUCUCUCUUGACGACACCAUCAUUCUACAUGGAGGUGGGGAUAAGAAACAGAUUGAAGAAAGAUGUGAGGAGUUGAGAACAGCAAUGGAGAAGAGUACCGCCAUGUUUGACAAGGAGAAAGCACAGGAGCGGCUGUCAAAGCUAUCUGGUGGAGUUGCUGUUUUCAAGGUUGGAGGGGUUAGUGAGGCAGAAGUCGGGGAAAGGAAAGAUAGGGUAACAGAUGCUUUAAAUGCUACAAGAGCAGCUGUGGAAGAGGGUAUUGUGCCAGGUGGUGGUGUUGCUCUCUUGUAUGCUACAAAAGCUUUGGAUAACCUUCACGUGCAAAAUGAAGACCAAAGAAGAGGAGUACAAAUAAUCCAGAAUGCUCUUAAGGCACCUACGUUCACUAUAGUUUCAAAUGCUGGUUUUGAUGGUCCACUGGUUCUUGGUAAAUUGUUGGAACAAGAUGAUCCUAAAUUGGGUUAUGAUGCGGCCAAAGGGGAAUACGUUGACAUGGUGAAGGCUGGCAUCAUAGAUCCUCUGAAAGUCAUUAGAACCGCCUUGGUAGAUGCUGCCAGUGUUUCGUUGCUGUUGACAACAACUGAGGCAGCUGUGGUGGACAAACCAAAUGAGAAAAAACCUCCCAGCCGUGUGCCAGAUAUGGAUGCUUUGGGAGGCUACUAA